GUUCAUAUGGGAAGGACAUUGGGGUGAGACUCUUCUCUAUUUCCAGCUGGCUUUUCUGAUUCACCCCACCAUUUAAAACCUGGAGACAUUGGCCCACGAAAAGCCUUGCUGAUUUCAGGGAAGACUAAUCGUCCAAGAUGUCCAGCAAGACAGCAAGCAGCAACAACAUAGCCCAGGCUAGGAGAACUGUGCAGCAGCUGAGAUUGGAAGCCUCCAUUGAAAGAAUAAAGGUCUCAAAAGCGUCUGCAGACCUGAUGUCAUACUGCGAGGAGCAUGCCCGGAGCGACCCUCUGCUGAUGGGCAUACCCACCUCGGAAAACCCAUUCAAGGAUAAGAAGACCUGCAUCAUCUUAUAGUAGACCGGGAAGCAACCCCCCGCCUCUUAACGCAAACCACAGCAGCAACCUGAAGAGAUGCCUUCAGCUUACCCAGUAACCACAGCUAGUAACUAAAACACUCUUCUCUUGGAAUAACAGACCCUGAAGUCUCUCUCUUCCAAGUUGUCCUUUCUUCACCCUUUACUGAUUUAAUACAGAAUAACAGUCUUACUUUCUAUUUGGUAUCUAUGGUAUCAUGUUGGGUUACUGUAUGAGGAAAGUGGCAGGGGAGUUGGGGAAGCUUGUCUUUACAAUAUACAGUUGAUUAAGAUAUGGUAAGACCUAAAUUGUCUAAGCACCGGUAAAUUAAAAUGUCAAGAAUCACUUUAGUCCGAAACCUUUAUAUUAUGUUCUUUAUAAGGCUUUUGCCAAUCUGUUUCCCCCACACAAGGGGUCUGGGGAGGCAGAUGUCUACAGCCAUGUCUUUUUGCACUAUCGACAUUAAUCACACUGAAACUUCCUGCUGUAAGAUCAGCCCCUCAAAGUUACACCUUUAUCUUGAACUCUGUAUAGGUAAAAUAACAGAUUCCUUCCAUAUAAUUUUUUGUACAAAAAAGGUAAUGAAAGAAUGUCGUGAAGCUCAUCUUCAUCAUCAUGAGCUGAUGCUGUUGUCUCUCCUCUAUGGGAAUCGUGCUGGUCCCUAAGUCUGCAAUAAACUGUGCCAAUUAAAACACUAAGACUAAACUGAAAGCCCUUUGAUGAGGUAUUAGUUCAUAUCAGUCAUUUGAGCUUCCGUGAUUCUGAGCUUAAAAAAGGGCAAGAGACCCUUGGGAGGACCCUGGGCAGCUUCACUCCAGGGCUCAUGAUCUCCGCUGGAUUGGGGGUGGCCACCUCAGAAACUCCCACCCUCAUGGCUGGAAUGCAAGAAUGAACUGUGAACCUCAAGUUGAGGGGAGCAAGACUGAAAACAGCUGCUCUCCAGGGCUCAGCUCUGCAGGCAACCCUCUCCCUUCUUCCUGGCCAGCAUGAUGCCUGACCCUGGCUGCUAGAGCAACUGUUUUCAGGGGGGACAUUCUCGCCUACCCAGAUCCAACUGGAGAGAGCACAGCAGGGGAAAGACCAUUCAAGCAAUAUAAAGACACUGAAGCUCUUUGCAGAUGCCUGCAGUUUCAUCACACUACCAGGGUUCCAAACCACCCGGGGGAAGGGACCCUUCCAUGGGGAGGCUUGCGUUCUGAAGAACAGUCCAACACUUCCAGCACUUGGGUAUUGAGGCCAUCAGUUUUACUUUGAUCAUGAAAAUAGCCCACAUACCCUCAGAGUGUCUAGUGAGGACCCCAGAGGCACAUAACCUACCAUGACCAAGGACAUAUCUUGACUUUGUCACAAUGAGAGGGUUCGUUUAAAAUAUUCAUUUAGAAGCCCGAACCAAACACAAGGCCUGUGAUAUUUUAAUUCAUGUUCAGUUCAUUAAGGUAACUACUAAGGGAGGACUUUUUAAAAAGUGUUCUCAGAAAGGACUUAGCCCUCAGGAGUUGUUUAGAGAAUUUUCCCUACUUGUAUACAGAGUGCCCUAAAAGAAAAUCUCUUUUAAUAUGUAAUGCCUGGACUUUGAGCAUCUUGUUUCUUGAUAAUAAACAGAUGCAGCACUAUUCCUAAAUGGCUCGGAGACAUUCAGUAUUUCUCCAAGUCACCCAUCUGGUCCGCACUUGGAACUGAGCAUGUGGAAGCCGUAGCACUGCCCACAACCUGUUCUCCCCGAUCGCUUAGUUUCCAGCUGCAUUCAAGGCACCUGUUCAGGAGAGAGAGAAAGCUUUUUUACCUUGCAAAAGGUAAAAAUGGAAAUGUACACCAAAAAGACAAUUUUUACAUUUAAUGAAACAUUCUUUUUUUACAAGUAUAUUUUUCUACUGAUGGUUUCAGAACACUAAUCUUAUAUUCACUCUAAUUUUAAACAUGUUUCUUUAAACAUUUAUAAGGCAGUUUAUUACAGAAUAUUUUUAUGCAAUCAUGUGCACAUUAUUGGUAGCAAACAUAGUAUAUUCUUUAGUACUUAAACAUAUGUUUGUUAAUAUGCUUUUAAUGGUAAGAAAUGAACUUGAGGUCCCAAAAUAUUUCGUUGCCUUUUCAUUGGUUAGAGACAGUAAAUGUCUUGUAACUUCCUAACCAGAUCUGAGCUGUACUCACAAUAAAAGUGAAAUCAGAUCCUUUGAUGCUGGACCCAAGAGGGAAAACAUUAAGCCAAAUGUUGAUUUACUUAUAGCUAAAGGUCUAUGUAAGAAAGUAUAAUAUAUGUAUACAUAUAUAUAUGACAUGCAGAAGUCACUUUUAUUUAUCUGUCUUUGUUCACUUACGGAAGCCAGAUAACUAACUGUCCGCAGCAGUAUGAUGAUGGUCCGAAUGAAUAGAAGUCCUGUGUGGGAUUUUUUUUUUCCUACACUGACAACUUGGCUUCAUUUCUGUAUGUCCAAUCUGUUUUGUCUGUAGUGCCACUCCUGUGAGCAAUAGAGUGUUUAUACUCUGGUCCCCACAGUUCAUCAUCAAUUGUCCAAUUUAAGCCUUGGGGCUGUGGCAAGAUAGAGUAUCCAAGAUUCCAUGACUCCAAAACAUUUUGAAGAAACACACGUAUUUAUAAACAGGGGAAAUACUUUAUAUACUAGAUGGUUCAUAAGCUGUGGGUUGUAGCUAAAUAUUUUGUUUUUCUGAAAUCAUGUUUUUCAAUUUUUUACCAUAUGGAAGUAAAAGAGUAUCAUACUUAAUUUUCACGGGAAGAAUUGGUCUGCUUUUUCUGUGUUUGGGUUAUUUUUGUACUUUACUAAUCUUUAAACUAUCCAUGGGGAAAAUUUUAUACCAAUGAGUUAAUAAUUUUGACUCAUUGUUUACACAAUAUAAGAUGUGUCAAACUGGGACCAGCAGGAUGGCUCAGUGGGUAAAGGUGCUUGCUGCCAAGCCCAGCAACCUGUGUUUGAUCCCUAGGCUGUACAAGGUGGGAGAAAAGAACUGAUUCCCACAGGUUGUUCUCUGACCUCCACAUGUUCAAUGUGUUACCCCUGCGCGCACACACACACACAAACACACACACACACACAUACACACACACACCAAAAUAACAUUUUAAAAAGAUGUGCCAAAUUACCUAUUCAGGUGCCGCCUCUCUACCAGCUUACCACUAAGGUAGAACUGUCAGACUCACCCCUCUGAAUCUGUAUUAAAAGUGUGUCCAUGCCCAGGCCCAAGAGUCCUUCCCAGUGGAAUAAACACAAUCCCGAAGUAUGCUAUGAAGUUAGUUGUUUUCUUCCAUCGUAAACCUGUUAGUAGGAAAACUCCGUCAAAUCAAAUAGAGUAGAGCAUUAACCAGUGGUUGGUGGUCUGCUUAGUCCUGUGCUGGGUGACUCUGGACCGGGGCACUUCAGCUCUCCUUUCCCCUGUUGUCACAAGGGAGGAGAAAGAGAUGCUGGCCGAGAGCCUCCCUCUUCCCAGAUGCCUUGGUUGAAUGACCUGCCUCUCUGCUGGUCCUGCCAGUGUGUUGGUGCUAUGAGCUGCUUCAGAUACUGGCUUGUCUAUAAUGUGUGCUCACCUAAUCGCUUAUGUUGCAUAGUGCCUGUCCUGGGUUUAUGGACUUAGUUCCUGUAACGUCUCAUUUUUAGCCAUGUUAACUACAAACCCAUAUUCUCUUAUGUCUCAGUAAAGUUUCAUUUGAUAAAUUGUUGUUGAGAUUUUGUUAUUUGAUAAUAUUCUUUGGCUCCUCGUCCAGCAUCUUACUCAUUUUAACUCUGUGAUUGUUAUUUGGAGCUCUGUUCUGUAGAAAGAAUAAAAGCAGUUUUUUUUUUUCACUUGCUAACAUGCUCACAAAUGUGAGAGAAGAGUCAUUAAAAGCUUGCUUUACUUACUGGG